GGCGGGAGCGCGCGGACUCGGCUUCCCUCCGGAGCAGCCCGCCGCGAGGGCGCGAGCCAGCGGAAGGCGGGGAAGGCGCAGGGUUCCUCAGCAGCGAGAAAGAAAGGAAGAGGUGGAAACUAAGCGGCGCGGCGCGGCGCGAGUGGACUCUGGUCUGGGCGAGCGCGGCCGGCGCCGGGACGCGGACCCGGGCUGCGCAGAGCAAACAAAGCUCGCGGGGGCCCCGAAAGUUUGUCCCGCGAUGGCUUGAGCGCGCGCGGAGAGGCUGCCGCCCGCUCGGCGCGAGUGAUGCUCCUCCCGUGAGCCGCGGCGGCGGCCGGGCACCUGCCUGCGUGCCUUCGCCUCCUUUCCACUGUAUUUAUUUAUUCUCCGUCGAGGCGGUGUGAGUCGUCAUGUCGAAAGUGAUCCAGAGGAAGAACCACUGGACGAGCAGGGUGCGCGAGUGCACCGUGAGGCGCGGGCCGCGGGGCGAGCUGGGGCUGACCGUGCUGGGGGGCGCGGAGCACGGGGAGUUCCCGUUCCUCGGGGCGGCCGGGGCGGCGGGCGACGGCGAGCUGCUGCUGGAGGUGCAGGGCGUCCGCGUGUCCGGCUUGCCCCGCUACGACGUGCUGGGCGUCAUCGACAGCUGCAAAGAGGCCGUCACCUUCAAAGCCGUCCGGCAAGGAGGAAGGCUCAACAAGGACCUGCGACAUUUUCUCAGUCAACGGUUCCAGAAAGGGUCUCCUGAUCAUGAGCUCCAGCAGACCAUAAGGGACAACCUUUACCGCCAUGCUGUGCCUUGCACAACCCGAUCUCCCAGAGAAGGAGAAGUGCCUGGUGUGGAUUACAAUUUUCUGACUGUGAAGGAAUUCUUGGACCUCGAGCAGAGUGGGACUCUUCUGGAAGUCGGCACCUAUGAAGGAAACUAUUAUGGGACACCGAAACCUCCCAGCCAGCCAGUCAGUGGGAAAGUGAUUACAACGGAUGCCUUGCAAAGCCUUCAGUCUGGCUCCAAGCAGUCGACCCCAAAACGAACCAAGUCCUACAAUGAUAUGCAGAAUGCUGGCAUAGCCCAUGCAGAGAAUGAGGAGGAGGAUGACGUCCCUGAAAUGAACAGUAGCUUCACAGCCGAUUCUGGUGACCAGGACGAGCACGCUCUCCAGGAGGCAGCGCUCUCAUCUGUGAAUAGUAGCAUCGCUGCUGCUCCCAUCACGGACCCUUCUCAGAAGUUCCCUCAGUACCUACCUCUUUCUGCGGAGGAUAAUUUAGGUCCUCUACCUGAGAACUGGGAGAUGGCCUAUACGGAAAACGGAGAAGUCUACUUUAUAGACCACAACACAAAAACAACAUCUUGGUUAGACCCUCGGUGCCUGAACAAACAGCAGAAGCCUCUGGAAGAGUGUGAAGAUGAUGAAGAAGGGGUCCACACCGAGGAGCUGGACAGUGAACUAGAACUGCCUGCUGGUUGGGAAAAGAUUGAAGACCCCGUCUACGGUGUCUACUAUGUAGACCACAUCAACAGGAAGACACAGUACGAGAACCCAGUUCUUGAAGCCAAACGAAAGAAGCAGCUUGAGCAACAGCAGCAGCAGCAGCAGCCACCACCACCAGAAGAGUGGACAGAAGAGCAUUCAUCCCUUGUGCCUCCUGUUAUCCCGACCCACCCCCCGAGCAACCCGGAGCCAGCCAGAGAAGCUCCACUUCAGGGCAAACCCUUUUUUACACGAAACCCUUCUGAACUGAAAGGCAAGUUCAUUCAUACAAAGCUGCGGAAAAGCAGUCGUGGCUUUGGCUUCACGGUGGUUGGCGGGGACGAGCCUGAUGAAUUCCUCCAGAUCAAGAGCUUGGUCCUAGAUGGUCCUGCCGCACUGGAUGGCAAGAUGGAAACAGGGGAUGUAAUUGUCAGCGUGAACGACACCUGUGUUUUAGGACACACACAUGCCCAAGUGGUGAAAAUCUUCCAGUCCAUUCCCAUCGGUGCCAGCGUAGACCUUGAGCUCUGCCGAGGUUACCCAUUGCCUUUUGACCCAGAUGACCCCAAUACGAGUUUAGUGACCUCGGUAGCCAUCUUGGACAAGGAACCAAUCAUUGUGAAUGGACAGGAGACCUAUGAUUCGCCAGCAAGCCACAGUAGUAAAACAGGCAAAGUCAGCAGCGUGAAGGAUGCCAGGCCAAGCAGCCCAGCCGAUGUGACUUCGAACAGCUCCCACGGUUACCCCAAUGACACUGUCUCUUUGGCUUCCUCGAUAGCCACUCAGCCAGAGCUCAUCACUGUUCACAUAGUCAAAGGGCCGAUGGGCUUUGGUUUCACUAUUGCGGACAGUCCUGGUGGUGGCGGCCAGAGAGUGAAGCAGAUCGUUGACAGCCCCAGGUGCCGAGGCCUGAAGGAAGGGGACCUUAUCGUGGAAGUGAAUAAGAAGAAUGUGCAGGCUCUCACUCACAAUCAGGUCGUGGACAUGCUGAUCGAGUGUCCCAAAGGGAGUGAGGUCACAUUGCUGGUGCAGCGAGGAGGGCUUCCUGUUCCCAAGAAGAGCCCCAAGUCGCAACCACUGGAGAGGAAAGACAGCCAGAACAGUUCUCAGCACAGUGUUUCCAGCCACCGGAGCUUGCACACGGCAUCCCCAAGCCACGGUGCGCAGGUGCUCCCUGAGUGCCCGCCCCCAGAGACGCCUGCUGCUGAGCAGACCGACAGCUCUGGGCAGAAAAAACCGGAUCCUUUUAAAAUCUGGGCCCAGUCCAGGAGCAUGUAUGAGAACCGACCUAUGUCACCUUCGCCUGCACCAGGAUUGAGCAAGGGUGAAAGAGAGCGAGAAGUCAGUUCCACAAAUUUUGGAGAAUGUCAGAUUCCAGAUUACCAGGAACAGGACAUCUUCCUCUGGAGAAAAGAGACAGGAUUUGGAUUUAGAAUUCUAGGUGGAAAUGAGCCGGGGGAACCCAUUUAUAUUGGUCACAUCGUACCGCUGGGCGCUGCAGACACGGAUGGCCGCCUGCGGUCCGGCGACGAGCUGAUCUGUGUGGAUGGGACUCCGGUAAUUGGAAAAUCACACCAGCUCGUGGUCCAGCUCAUGCAGCAAGCGGCCAAGCAAGGCCAUGUCAACCUCACAGUGCGGCGUAAAGUGGUGUUCGCUGCGCCCAAGCCCGCGGAGCCCGAGGUGCCGUCGCCCGCGUCCUCGCACCACAGCGGCACGCAGCCGGCCUCGCUGGCCGAGGGCAAGCGCACGCCGCAGGGCAGCCAGAACUCGCUGAGCACCGUGAGCUCGGGCAGCGGCAGCACGAGCGGCAUCGGCAGCGGCGGCGGCGGCGGCAGCGGCGUGGUGAGCGCCGCCCUGCAGCCCUACGACGUGGACAUCCGGCGUGGCGACAGCGAGGGCUUCGGCUUCGUCAUCGUGUCCUCGGUGAGCAGGCCCGAGGCGGGCGCGGCCUUCGGCAAUGCAUGUGUGGCUAUGCCUCACAAAAUAGGUCGGAUUAUUGAGGGGAGCCCUGCAGACCGCUGUGGCAAGCUGAAAGUAGGAGACCGGAUCUUGGCAGUAAAUGGAUGUUCCAUCACCAACAAGUCCCAUUCAGACAUCGUCAACCUAAUCAAGGAAGCAGGAAACACAGUUACGCUGCGCAUCAUUCCCGGGGAUGAGUCCUCGAAUGCUACCUUGCUGACCAAUGCAGAGAAGAUUGCCACUAUCACCACUACCCACGCUCCUUCUCAGCAGGGGUCCCAGGAGACCAGGAAUACCACCAAACCAAAGCCAGAAUCUCAGUUUGAGUUCAAAGCACCCCAGGUCACACAGGAGCAAGAUUUUUACACUGUGGAGCUGGAAAGGGGAGCGAAGGGCUUUGGCUUCAGUCUCCGAGGAGGCCGCGAGUACAACAUGGACCUCUAUGUUCUACGCCUAGCAGAAGAUGGGCCUGCAGAAAGGUGUGGGAAGAUGAGGAUUGGUGAUGAAAUUCUGGAGAUCAAUGGCGAGACCACCAAAAACAUGAAGCAUUCUCGGGCUAUAGAACUGAUUAAGAAUGGUGGCCGAAGAGUUCGUCUCUUUCUGAGGCGGGGAGAUGGCUCCGUCCCAGAAUAUGGUGGGUCAAACUAUGAAAACAUUCCUUCCUUCCCUGGCAUGACUCCAUGAAUUUGUCUCCAGAACGGCAGCAGAAAAGUUCCUUUUGUUCCCCCUAAUCACCAGUGUCUUACCAGCCUCUUGCACCAUGUGAUUAUUUGCCUCGCUUGUUCUGAAAUCUCUACACAUUUCACCCUUUUGCUUGCUUUCGUGGACUGGGGCGUGGCCUAGACAAGGUCCUGGUCGCCCCCUUUCUGGUAACCAGAGAGAACGUGUGUCUAGUUCGACCAAGAGCGAAGGAAUGUUUGAACUGUGCCAAACUGUUUCUCAGAUCCAAUUGUUAGCACAAAAUGACUAUACACUCCUUUCAAGAAGCAGGAAAGCAGGUUUCCUGAGUGAUAUGUUGAGGCACAAUAUAUAUUUUUUCUUUUUUGGUUACUUGAUACGUUUAUGUAAGAGACGUGUAAUUUCAAGAUGAUUUGGGGGCUUGCUCACCCCUGUAUGCUCUGGAUACAAUGAUUCUCCACCCCCCUGCUGGUCUCUUGCCCCAACCAGAUGACUUGAGCCCACUACUGUCAAACAAACGAACACGAACUGUUGCUAUAUUAGCCAUAUAGAUUCCCAGUGCUCACCAUGAGGGAAACAUGUUACUAUACCUUUCCUGUGAGGAAAGCCAGGUUAUACAUAGAGUUCCUUUAUCAUCUCUUUAGACAUGAUUUGAGUAGACAGAAAUGGUCUUUACAUAGCUUAGUGUUCUGAUGGCAAACUACUGUAUAUUGUAAUAAUUAUGUCCUAUUAAGAUUCUUGUUUAAAAUUUUAAGAAUAAAAAGGAAAAAGAAAACUAUGCCCUAGAUGUAGGGCUUUUUUUCCCCAACCAAAGGUCUAAAAAAGUUUCUAUAGAAACUGUGAUUGAAUGGCCCCCAGAUACAUUAGUCCCCUUUAUUAGGGAUUUCUCUGUUAUCACCCUCUUUUCUGAAAGUCGUUCUGCACAAUUCCCAGUUGCAUUUUGGACUUGAUGAGGUGCUCAGUGUAGAUGCAGCUUAAGGAAAAUAGCUCCUGUGAAAGGCACCCUUCUAGGUGUUGGACAUUGGUCCAGGUGCACAGAAGAGGGUCCAGGGUGAGGAGAGAGGGUAUCAGAGGAGGUGCUGCAGAUGUGGCCAAGCCUGGAAGGAAGCGGCAGCGUGAGGCUGCCUUGGCCUGGCACUGUGCUCCACCCUGACCGCUGGGGGUACUGGUGCCCCUGAACCUGUAACCGUGUCUCCCCUUCUGUCUUCCCUGUGCUUCUGUCAGAUGUGAGAUUUCAUUUGGGAGUUACCGUCAGUAGCCUGUGUACCUUCUCCAGACCUGUGUCUCUUGCACUGAGGAUGAAAAUCCAACACUAACAAAUGUUCUUUGGGCUAAAAAUAAAGAUCAUUCACACGGUUUCCCAAGAAGGGUUUAACACGCCAGGGUUGCUCUGCUGUCAUGUUUCCAUGUGUCCUUUGGACUAAAUCUCUCCCAUUCUGUUGAUUAGAGUCACAAAUGGGUUACUCUUUGUUAAGUUCCAAUAUUUUUCUGACUUGACUGGAACCUGCUUCUCUGUGAGGCUAUUUUUGUAAUGAGUUUUUGUACUUAAUUUAACUGCGACAGGGGCGGGGUGGGGGGCCUCAGGGAGGGGACUUGUUCUUUUGUGUUGAUUGUUAAUGCUCUCCUAUGCCAGCCUGUCAUUGUUCCAGUUGUUUGAAAAAAAAAAAAAAAUAGGACGCAUCAGUUGCCUGGGUUCUCGAGCCACCUUCUACUGUCUGAAACGUCACGUCCCGAUCACGGUCUCUGCAGCCUUAUUUCUAGUGUUGCCUUAGACUGUCUGACUGGACAAAUAAACUCUCUUUGCCCUGUGUUAACAAAUGCA